AUGGUCUUAGACCUGCCAGGCUUCUAUUAUGACGAGACCAGCAAUCGCUACUUCCGCCUGCCCCGACCUGCUGGUUCAACCCCCUCGCCCUCGCCGCUAGCAGCAGCAGCAGCAGCAGCUGGUUUAAAUGCACCAGGAGGAGGAGGAGGAAGAGGAAGAGGAGGAAGAGAGGGUGGGGGAAGAGGAGGAGGCGGUUGGGAAAGGUCCGGGGGAGAGGGGCGAAAAAUCCACGAAGCUCCUGAGGAAGUUCCCUCCGUUUUCCAGCUGCUGCGCGGGAGGGAGACAGGAGGUCGCUGCUGGCACCCCUCAGUAGUGUCACACUCGCUAACAGCACAGAGUUCGACCAAGCAUGGAGCACAUUCUCAGAGAGCAGAGUGCUCGUUAGAGUCACAGCCCACCUCAGAAAGGAGGCGGAGGAGGAAGCGAGGGAAAGAGCGUGCAGAGGGGCAGCAGGAUGAUGGGCCCCUUCGCCCGUGCACGGAGGAGCGUAGUUGUGAUCAGCGUAAUUCGCGUGGUGAUGCUGGCGGUGGUGGUGAUGAGAGUAACGAUGGUCGUAACGAUCGUGCUACUUAUGGUCGUAACGAUCGUGCUACUAAUGGUCGGAACGAUCGUGCUACUAAUUCUCGUGCUGGUGCUGAACCUGAUGGUGACAGUGGUCGUGGGGGCUCUCUGAAGGCGGCGGUUCCGUUGGUGUCUGGCCGGGCGUUUGAAACGGCAGCUCGCACUGCUGGCAUGAGGAACCUCAAGGUGAGUGGCAAGGAGAGCACUGCUGGUGAUGGUGACAGUGGUCGUGGGGGCUCUCUGAAGGUGGUUCCGUCGGUGUCUGGCCGGGCGUUUGAAACGGCAGCUCGCACUGCUGGCAUGAGGAACCUCAAGAUGUGGCAGUACCAGGUAACGGAAAGAGCGUGUGAUGCAGGAAUGGCAGUGAUGCAUGUGGUGGCGCAGGGGGAGGAGGGCGCUCAUGCGCGCACCGGCUUGCUCGUGGGCCACCGAUUGGGGGAUGUGAGCCUUUUGGAGCUCACGGAUCAGGAAGAGACGCCUGACACCACUCAACCCACCACCCGUCAGCACCACUGGCCUGUGCUCCUUUCCAGGGGCAGCUCAAUUUCCAGAUCCGGGCAGCAGAUCGCAAAAUAUGAUCUGCCCAGGCCCCCUCCCCCUCCGGCCUUCUCAAGCUCGCACUCCCUCUUUCUGGGCUCGGACGUUACUUCCAUUCGCACGCUCCCUUGGAGCAGCAGAGGCGCUGGUGAUUCUGAUGCUGCUGGCAGCCAUGCAGUCAUCACGACUUUGGGCACGGGGGGCCACCCGGCCCGAGUGGUGCUGGCUGCUCUGGACCUCGCAGGCUCUUCUGGUGGCGGCACAACUGGUGCUGCCAGGGGUGCCAACGGUGCCGCAGCUGCUACUGGUGUUUCUGGCGUGGCUGGUGCUGCUGUUGCGGCUGGUGCUGGUGUCACGAGUGGUGGUGGAAGUGGCAGGAGAGGGAGCAGCAGGCAGCGUCUUGUCUGGCAGACGGAGAGGCAGUUUGAGUUGCCUGGCAGCGUGUGGGCGUGUGAAUGCUCGCCGAAGCAAGGGGAGAUUGGAGUGGGCACCUCCCUGGGAUUGCGACUGCUGCACGUGGAGACGGGGCAGAGGACGGCCCUGUGCCACAGCAACAGUGACGUGCUGGCAUUGCAGGUCACAGGGGAGGGAAGCAUCUACCUGUCUGGUUUUCGCAACGGCGCCAUCGCCACCAUCGACACGCGCGCACCCCUCCCCACCUCGUCCAAGCAGCUCCCACCACCGCCGCUCUCACCCUCGUCCUCCACGCAGCCAACGCAUCGGCGUGGGGGCCAGGGCGGAGGCAGGAGGGGCAAGAAGCGUGCAGCAGGGGAGGUGAACGAGUAUUACUGCAGCCACCAGCGAGUCAUGCGCAUGCCCUCUGCUGUGUCUGGCAUGCAGGCAAUGAAGCAGAGUGAUUUCUACCUCUUUGCAUCCUCCUUUGAUGGAUCUUUGUUUCAAUGGGACCUCCGCUCUACGGCGUCGCCCCUGCGCCAGUUGCAGGGCCACAGAAACUCGCACUUCCACCUGCCACUGCUGCUUGACCCUUCAGAGAACUUCUUAUGCGCACCUGGAAAUGACUAUGAAGCUCGCAUCUGGAGUGUUUCAACUGGUGCCUUGCUGUCAGCAGCUCACCUCCCUGGUCACGCUACUGCUGCUCUGUGGCCUUGUACAUCUGUUCCCCUAAAGCGCAUCCGCAACUUCGGCAUCAUCGACCCCUUUUCCCCCCACCUCUCCCUUCCCCUUUUCCCCUUACCACCAUCCCCUCUUCCCCUUCCCCCUCUUUUCUUCCUCAACGCAAUCCAGGUGCCCAUUGAGCGAAUCCGCAACUUCAGCAUCAUCGCGCACAUUGACCACGGCAAGUCCACCCUGGCGGACAAGCUGCUGGAGACGACGGGCACGGUGCAAGCAAGGGAGAUGAAGGAGCAGUUCCUGGAUAACAUGGACCUGGAGCGAGAGCGAGGAAUCACCAUUAAGCUGCAGGCAGCGCGCAUGCGGCACGUGUCAAGGGUGGACGGCAAUGCGUAUUGCCUCAACCUCAUUGACACGCCCGGCCACGUGGACUUCAGCUACGAGGUGUCGCGCUCGCUGGCUGCCUGUGAGGGCGCGCUGCUGGUGGUGGACGCUUCUCAGGGCGUGGAGGCACAGACGUUGGCAAAUGUGUACCUGGCGAUAGAGGGGAACCUGGAAAUUAUUCCAGUGCUGAACAAAAUCGACCUGCCAGGGGCGGACCCAGAGCGCGUACGGGCGGAGGUGGAGGAGGUGGUGGGGCUGGAUGCUUCAGACGCCAUCCUGUGCUCCGCCAAGGAGGGAGUGGGCAUUCAGGACAUCCUGGAAUCCAUCAUCGCCAAAGUGCCGCCCCCCGCUCCAACCAGAGACCAGCCGCUGCGCUGCCUCAUCUUCGACAGCUACUAUGACCCGUACCGGGGCGUGAUAGUGUAUUUCCGAGUGGUGGACGGCGAGGUGCGCAAGGGAGACAGCGUGCGGUUCAUGGCGAGUGGCAAGCAGUACGAGGUGGAUGAGGUGGGCGUGCUCUCGCCCACGCAGAUGCCUGUUGACUGCCUCUAUGCCGGCGAGGUGGGCUACCUGGCAGCGUCCAUCCGCCAGGUGGCGGAUGCGAGGGUGGGGGACACCAUAACCCAUGCAGGAGGAGCGGGCAAGGGCGGCCCACCAGCUAAAGAGUCCCUACCCGGGUACAGGGAGGCGGUGCCGAUGGUGUUCUGCGGACUCUUCCCCAUCGAUGCCGACCAGUUCACGGCUCUGAGAGAAGCACUGGAGAAGCUUCAGCUGAAUGAUGCGGCACUACAGUUUGAGCCGGAGAGCAGCAGCGCCAUGGGCUUUGGCUUCCGCUGUGGCUUCCUGGGCCUGCUGCACAUGGACGUGGUGCAGGAACGGCUAGAGCGAGAGUACAGCCUCGACCUUAUCACCACGGCCCCCAGCGUGGUGUAUCGUGUGGUGAAGCGGGACGGGGCGAUGGUAGAGUGCUCUAACCCAGCAGACAUGCCCGAUGCCUCCAUUCGCUCUGAGAUCCAGGAGCCUUAUGUGCGGCUGGACAUCCUGACCCCCCGGGACUACAUUGGCACACUCAUGGAUCUGGCACAGGAGAGGCGGGGCGAGUUUGUGGAGAUGAAGUAUGUCAGCGAGACGCGCACCACGCUCUCCUAUGAUACCCCAUUGGGCGAGGUGGUGGGGGAUUUCUUUGACCAGCUAAAGUCGCGCACCAAGGGCUACGCCAGCAUGGAGUAUAAAGUCACCGGCUACCGCAAGAGCAACCUGGUGAAGAUGGACAUUCAGCUCAACGGGGAGGCCGUGGAGCCGCUGUCGGCCAUUGUGCACCAGGAAAAGGCCUACGGAGUGGGCAGAGCACUCACACAGAAGCUCAAGGAGCUCAUUCCCCGACAGAUGUUCAAAAUCCCAAUCCAGGACGUGUCGCCAGCGGAGCCGUUGGCAGUGAACCGCACGCGGAGAGUGGACCCGCUUCAGCACUUCCAGUUGUACGAGGGCGGCUGGGACCCCAGCAGCAAGUACUACUGGGCGUCUGUGGCAUGGGCGGGGAUCUACGGUCUCAUAGUGGGGGCGGCAUGGAUCGUACUCGGUAUAAGCAUCCUCGCUUUUGCGCUCUGCGCGUUCCUGUUCUGCCGAAAGCGCUGGAAGGAGCGGCUGGACACUGACCCGCCAGGCUACACGCCCUUUCAGAUCCGCGUGCCACUUGUCGCACUCAUAUUCGCUGCUAUAUUCAUCCUGGUGGGAGUGGCACUGCUGUUAGCAGGAGGGGUGCAGUUCCAGAGCACCUACCGCAGUGCCGCGCAGUUCACCCUCGCUACCACAGAAGCCCUCGUGGGGGCCACUCACAACCUCUCAGCCGCAUUGCAACACUCCGCCAACACCACCGUCUUCAAUGCCGUGGUUCCCUCUGCCACACAGCAGGCGGUGAUACAGGGAGCAGUGCAGGCGGAUAUUAUGGCAACAGACAUCCAAGCAAGGGUUGUGAACAGCAUUGACCGGCUGGAUGGAUACGUCAAGAUCGUCACCAUCACCAUUCUCGUCAUCGGCUCAGUCACUGCCCUGCUUGUGCUGCUGGGAUUGGUGGCCGGCUUCCUCCAGUGGGCGGUUGCAUCACACAUACUCGUUAGUGUCAUUUGGGCCAUGGGGUUCAUCACAUGGUGUACUGUCACCCUCUGCCUGCUCUCCACCCUCUUUGCGAAAGACACGAGUGCGGCCAUGUGGCAGGUGUCACAGCAGGACCAAGUAGCCAACUCCACCAUGCAGCAGUGGCUGCCAUGUGCCAGGGCAAGCGACGUGCGCCAGGCCAUCAACACCACCGUUACUGCCCUCUCUGCAUCCAUUGCUCUGCUCAACACGUCCGUUGUGACGACCUACCCCCAGCUGUUGAAUGCAGUCAACGCGACUGGCAUCUGCAACCCCUAUGCGGGCGGCGCUGACCUCAGCUACGACGUCUCCUCCUGCCCGCCCGGCACUCUGCCGCCAGCCGCAUUCUUCCAGGCACUGCCCUGCACCAAUGGCACGUGCGAGGUAAAUUUCCCCAACGGAACAGUGAUGCUGCUGCAAGUGCCUGAAGCUGCUCUCGCUGACCUUCAGACCGCCUCUGCUACCCUCACUCGCCUCGAGGCUUCCGUGCCGGUGCUGAUUCAGAUCGCCAACUGCACCUACGUUAAGGAGAUCUGCGAGCACGCAUCAGGGCUAGCAAACGACAUGGAGAGGGAUUUCAACAUGCUGUGGUGGGGCUUCAUCCCUCCUCGCAACCUGUCCGCAAAUCCAGAUUUGGGACCCUUAUCGUCCAAAAUAUUGCCUCACCUAUUCAAACUGUAUGGUUGCACCGCAAGAGAUGGGGAUUUUGAAAUUUACUCUCCAGACGCGAAGUUCGACGAUCCCCUAAUGUCAGCUCAUGGGUUGAAUCAGAUCAAGUCGGCCUUUUACUCCAUGCAAGUGCUUUUCCAAGAGGGGAGGAUUGUAGAGUACACUCUAGAAGAGACAUUAACAGGAGAAGGCUCAGGACUGGUGGUCAUGGACAAUAAGCAGAGUUACAAGGUCUGGGGCAGGCCUUUUGAUGUUGACUCGAGAAUCCAACUCAAGGUAUAA